AGCCCGAAAAAUUUAUGUGUGACGACAUGACAUGUGGUUUUUACUGUUGAGAAGGUGUGGCUAUCACGUGACUAUCAUGCGCGUAUACUAUAUACUUCAGCGCAGAGACACGAGCAGAAAGAGAGAGUAUAGUAGAGCGGGAUAGAGGUGUUCACCGGCACUCUUGUUUUGGAGUCGGUGGGCUGGUGUUGUUUUGAAAGCUGGAGUGCAGGUGAAGCACACAAUAACCUUCUGGAGUGGAGAUGUCUGUAGUAGACGAGGGGUUCAUAUGCCCUUAUUGUUUGGUCGGGUUUGCUACAUCAGGAAAGCUGCAGUCACACUUUGUGGAGAUGCACAGCAGUAACGAGGCGUCGCUAGGAUGGGAAGAAGGAGGUGAAUCUUGCAAUGUUGGUGCUACAGCUGGCUAUGAACAGCUAGGAAACGAGGAGGAGAGUGUGAAUCGACUGCUGGGUCAUCAGUUUGUGCAGCGGCGGAUGCAGAAACCGAGCUCUUGCUCUGCUUGCGAAGAGAUCAUCUGGCAAGAUGGCAUUGCCUGCCAAAGCUGUCCUGUUGUGAUCCAUGUUGAUGGUUGCCGGGGACAGCUCAAUGUACCUUGUACCACUGUCUCUGAAACACCUGAGGUGAGCCAGCACAAGGAGGUUCAAAGGUCGUCUCGUCCUCAACAACCUGCCAAGGGACCAUUGGCACUGGUGCGGAGGCAAAUUGCAAGGGGCCGGGAACGCUAUGUGAAUGAGGAGUUUGACCUUGAUCUCACCUACAUCACUGAGCGAAUCAUUGCCAUGUCAUUCCCAGCAACAGGCAUGGAGUCAACGUACCGCAACAGCCUGAAGGAUGUGGCCAAGAUGCUCAAGACCAAACACCAGGAGAAUUACAUGAUAUUCAAUUUAUCUGAGAGGAGCUACGAUAUAUCAAGAUUUAAUAACCAGGUGCUGGACUUUGGCUGGCCAGACCACCUAGCCCCUUCCCUGGAGAGGCUGUCUUCUGUAUGUCGUUCGAUGAAGUCCUGGCUGGACUCUGACCCUCAGCAUGUUGUGGUUGUCCACUGCAAGGGUGGCAAGGGCCGCACUGGUUGUGUCAUUGCUGCCUUUAUGAACUACUCCGAGAUUUGCCAUAGAAUCUCAUAGGGGCCAGUACAAGUACAUCAGCCAGUUGCUAGCGCUCGAAGCCUGUGCAGAUGGAAGUGGAGAGUUGCCGGCUUACCUCUGCAAGAUUGUGACCCCACUUAAGUUGGAUGCCUGGCAGGAAGCAUUGCAGGAUCACCCAGACCAAGCCUUUGCUAACUAUAUCCUGGGGGGCAUUAGAAAUGGAUUCAGGAUCGGAUUCGACAGGUCCAGGGUAUGCCUAAAGUCCCGGGGCACAAAUAUGCUCUCAGCAACAGAGCAGUCGCAGGUGGUGGCGAAGUAUCUAGGAGAGGAGUUGCAGGCAAGUCGCAUUGUGGAGAUCAGGCGUCAGGAGCAAGGGCUACCCAGAAUUCAAUUCAGCCCCUUCGGGGUGAUUCCCAAAAACAACAGGCCGGGAAAGUGGAGGCUGAUAAUCGAUUUAUCCAGCCCCGAUGGCCAUAGUGUUAAUGACGGGAUCAGCAAAGAGCUCGCUUCACUUACCUAUAUAUCAGUAGAUGAUGUAGUCAGGGGCCUACUGCAGCGUGGAAGAGGGGCCCUGCUGGCAAAGAUGGACAUAAAGCAAGCGUACCGUAACAUACCAGUUCAUCCGCAAGAUAGGCUUCUACUCGGUAUGCGUUAGGAAGAGUCCAUUUUCGUGGAUGCAGCCCUCCCGUUUGGGUUAAGAUCUGCCCUUUUGAUAUUCUCGGCAGUUGGAGAUGCACUGCAAUGGGUGAUGGAAAGCAUGGGGGCAAAGUGGGUUGCCCACUACAUUGACGAUUUCGUGACCACGGGCACCUGAUUCACCAGAGUGUAGCGAUAUGCGCAGAUCAUGCAGGCAGCAUGUGAAAGAGUGGGCUUCCCGGUGGAGCCUGAGAAAAGUGAGGGCCCUGCAACCACCAUAUCAUUUCUGGGGGUCGAGUUGGACUCACGGAUGCUAGAGAUCCGCCUCCCUAAAGAAAAGCUGGAUCGCCUCAGGCAGAGUUGAAGGAAUGGAGAGGACGAAAAGCUUGCAGGAAGAGGGAACUACUCUCUCUUAUUGGGUCUCUGUCACAUGCAUGCAAGGCCGUGCGGGCAGGGAGGUCAUUCCUAUGCAGGCUAAUAGACCUCUCGACAGUAGUGGAAAAGCUUGAUCACUACGUUCGUCUGAGCAGAGAGGCUAGGGCAGAUAUCGAGUAGUGGGUCCAGUAUGCCGAAGCCUGGAAUGGGACCUCCAUGAUGCAAUCGGUGCAAGAGGCUCCCCCGGCAGCCAUGGUUACAUCAGAUGUCUCGGGAAACUGGGGUUGUGGAGCGUACUGUGGCACAAACUGGUUCAUGCUGGAGUGGUUGGGCCUCUUCUCUGGUUGUCACAUCACAGUAGAAGAGCUAGUGCCUAUUGUAGUCGCCGCAAUGGUCUGGGGACCCAGUUGGCGGGGGAAGACAAUUCUUGCCAGGUGCGAUAAUAUAGCAGUGGUGGCAAUUGUCAAUCAUGGGUCAUCGAAAAACGCGGAGGUUAUGCAACUGAUGAGAUGCUUAUCGUUCAUCGCAGCUACAUUUGACUUUCGCCUAGUAUAUAGCAACUCACAUCAGGGGGAGGGAUAAUAUCUUAGCUGAUGCGUUAUCACGGGAGAACUGGUCUCUCUUCAAUUCACUCAGGCG